UCAAUGUAUGCAACAAAAAUUUAGCACAUUUCUUUUGUUAUCAUUAACAGCGUCCGUCUCUGUGCUACGUUUAAGAGCUACAUCAAAAUGUGGUUUCAGGAAAAUUUUUAGCACAACUCACCCACAAAAUAGGGGCUGUAUAUGUUUCAGUGAUUAUUAAUCGUUCUGAAUAUAAUACCCAUAAUUCUGCUGUACAGCGAUGGACGAUACUUUUAGGAGUUUUAUUAUUAUUUUUUUUUUUUUUUAUUAUUUUAUGUGUAACUGUAGAGCUUAGCCUGUGCUGUUACAUUUCCGUACGGACGGUUGCCGUAAAUAUCGCUUACUUUGAUAUCUACCACCCACAAGAACUCGAACGUAUAGACUUUCUUUUUUCUUCUUUUUUAAACAUGUGGCAUUUAUUUUUUUAAUAAACAUUCUAACAAUUAACUGAAUUUUCCGCGGUACACUUGAAAGCAGCAGAAAGGUCCCGCCGUGACGCCAGCUGAGGGAGGAACUCCCAACAGCAGAAGUCAACCAGGAAGCGAAGGCUGUUAGAGCAGACAUACCGUCCUGGGCUGACGGCUAAACGGCGUUAUAGACGACUGGAACCAGUACUCUUUAACAGUACACGACUUGUAUUUAGUUUUUCUAUUUAGUUACACACACAACAGCGACAUGGCUUCCCUCUUCAAGAAGAAGACUGUCGAUGACGUCAUCAAGGAACAGUCUAAAGAGCUGCGCGGCACUCAGAGACAGAUCACCAGGGACCGAGCGGCGCUGGAGAAACAGGAGAAACAAAUGGAGAUGGAGAUCAAGAAAAUGGCAAAAAGCGGUAACAAGGAGGCGUGUAAGAUUCUUGCCAAGCAGUUAGUCCAGCUGAGGAAGCAGAAGAACCGGACGUACGCCGUGAGCUCCAAGGUUACCUCCAUGUCAACCCAAGCAAAAGUCAUGAACUCUCAAAUGAAGAUGGCUGGUGCCAUGUCCACCACAGCCAAGACUAUGCAGGCUGUGAAUAAGAAAAUGGAUCCACAGAAGACUCUGAAGACCAUGCAGGACUUCCAGAAGGAGAACAUGAAGAUGGAGAUGACCGAGGACAUGAUCAACGACACUUUAGAUGACAUCUUUGAUGAAUCUGGGGAUGAAGAAGAAUCUCAGGACAUUGUCAACCAGGUUCUGGAUGAGAUCGGCAUUGAGAUCUCAGGGAAGAUGGUCAGAGCACCAGCCGCAGGAAAGAGCGUCCCCAGUGCCGCCGCCUCCUCCAAACAAGCCACCAUUUCCGACGACGAGAUCGAGAGACAGCUUCGAGCUCUGGGAGUGGAUUAAUUAGCGCUCCUGUUUUUGUUCACACUCUAAACUGGUGCAACUCAAAACUG